GCUGCGCCACCUGUCAAUCAGUGGGCGUGUGCGCUCGUGUUUUCACAUACUUCUUCCUUACCUCAAGACUCGAGCGUCAAAAUAAAGCACUAACACACAAAACGAGGACGAUGAGGGGCGCCGACCGGUCCAAAAACACACCGAAUCUGGAUAAGAGGGUAUGCAUGACCAACUGCCCCACACUUAUAGUAACUGUUGGCCUUCCAGCCAGAGGAAAGACAUACAUCUCUAAGAAACUGACACGCUACCUCAACUGGAUUGAUGUUCCAACAAAAGAGUUUAACGUUGGGCAGUACAGACGUGAAUGUGUGAAGAUCUAUAAAUCCUUUGAGUUCUUUCGGCCAGACAAUGAAGAGGGGCUUAAAAUCAGGAAGCAGUGUGCGUUGGCAGCUCUCAAUGAUGUACGGCAGUUCCUCACAGAGGAAGGCGGCCAGGUGGCGGUUUUUGAUGCCACAAACACAACAAGAGAAAGGAGGGAGACAAUCCUCGGAUUUGCCGAGCGGAAUGGUUUCAAGGUUUUCUUUGUGGAAUCUGUGUGUGAAGACCCGGAUGUUAUUGCAGAGAACAUUGUGCAAGUGAAGUCGGGCAGUCCAGACUACACACACUGUAACACAGAAGAGGCCGUCGCAGACUUUAUGAAGAGGAUCAAAUGUUAUGAGAACUCUUAUCAGCCACUGGAUGAGGAACUGGACAGGGACCUUUCGUUUAUUAAGAUCAUUGAUGUGGGGCGGCGGUACCUGGUGAACCAGGUCCAGGACCACAUACAGAGCCGAAUAGUGUACUACCUCAUGAAUAUCCACAUCACGCCCCGCUCCAUCUACUUGUGCCGGCAUGGAGAGAGUGAUCUGAACAUCAAAGGUCGUAUCGGUGGCGACUCAGGGCUCUCGGCCAAGGGAAAGGAGUUUUCCAAGUCUUUGGGCCAGUUUAUCCAGUCGCAGAACAUCCAUGAUUUGAAGGUGUGGACGAGUCAGAUGAAGAGGACCAUACAGACGGCAGAAGCUGUGGGUGUGCCGUACGAACAGUGGAAAGCUCUCAAUGAGAUUAAUGCCGGUGUUUGUGAGGAGCUCAUGUAUGAGGAGAUCCAGGAGAGAUAUCCACUGGAGUUUGCAUUACGAGACCAGGACAAAUAUCGCUAUCGCUAUCCCAAAGGAGAGUCUUAUGAAGACUUGGUCCAGCGGCUGGAACCGGUGAUCAUGGAGUUAGAGCGGCAGGAGAACGUUCUGGUCAUCUGUCAUCAAGCCGUCAUGAGAUGCCUGCUGGCCUACUUUCUGGACAAGACUGCAGAAGAACUGCCUUACCUGAAAUGCCCUCUACACACAGUAUUGAAGUUAACACCAAUGGCCUAUGGUUGUAAUGUGGAGUCAGUCUGUUUGAACGUGGAUGCUGUGAACACACACAGAGACAGACCAUUGAAUGUUAAUGUGCACCGCACUGCUGAGGACGCCCUACAGACCGUCCCGCCUCACCUCUGACCUACAAUCUCUCUUCACUACACCGAGCUCGGGUUUACCAUUACAAAAGGUCAACCCUGCCUUCAGAUGGACCCCCGGUCAAGUUCUGGUCUGUCAUAUUAACCGUUUAAUUCGUUGCUGUGAGAUUUCUACUGGUGGUAUAUAGUAUAUGGUUUUCUCACUCCAUGUUUUAAAAGAACCAUAAUCAGUUUACAUGGCCUGAGAGACGUAGCCUGGGAGAUUUUGUUUUUGCACUUACAGGGUUUGGGGAAAUAUGCGUUUGGAUGGAUGUUACUAUGGCUCUUAUAUGUAUUUGAUAUAUACAUAUAUUAAUGUCAUUUCUACAUAUGGUAUCUGCAGGUAUGUUAUUUUGCUGCUCCUCCAAUAGUGCUCUCUUUUUGUCAAUUCUAGAAGGUUUUCUCUCAGUUUUUUGAGGGAUGGAUGACAAAAUUUGUGUUUGUGUGCAUGUGUACAUACAGAUCAGAGAAAACUCUCAUUGUGUCAAAAACUGUAUUUAGGUUUUUAUGUAGGUUAUUUAAGAGUUUAGAUAUAAAUAUCAACCUGACAUUUAAAUUCAAACACUGAUUAUUGAUUCAAGUGCUAGUUAUUUGAAAUCAACACUGACAGAUAUUCAGACAGGUCUUUUUUAUAUCAUGUACAUUUUAACUGUAUUUAAGAAUAUUCUGACUUUCCAACAGUGAUUUUAACUGCAUGUUUCUGAGAAAAUGAAGUGCUUUGUGAGAGAAACAUAAGCUGUUUGUUACAUUAACAAAUUUGGGAACAAGAUAAAAGUCUCCGUAUUUGUAUUACCAUUCAUUAAUUUCCAUAUCUAUGUCAAGGUUAGAAUGGAUUAUGAGACCCUUCAUAAGUUUAUACGGGUCUGUCCAGUGUUGUCUGUAAUGUCCAGUAAACCAUGACUGAAUUGUUGCCUCAAACCAUGUCCAAAGAGUGCUGUGAUAUAUACUGUGCAAUUGAAACAGAUCUUGACUAUUUAAAUGAGAUUUUCUGGAGUAUGAAUAGUAGUAUUGUUAUGACCAUUUUGGUGUCAGUAUCACACUAAAUAAAGAAAUAAAUGUUUUGAUGUA